AUGCAGGCAGCUAUGAGUGGUAUGGGUUCACUUGCUGGUUACAGUUUCAGUCAGUUGACUCCAACUCAACUUACUUCUUAUGCUGUGGCUACGUCCUCCACGGUAACAACAACAGCUUCUGUGCUUCAACAGCAACCAGUCGAUUCAUCAUCAUCAACCACUACAGCUGUUAUGCAUCCCAAUGAUAUAACCAUAAAAAAUGAAUUACCAGAUUGCAGUUCGGUGACAUCCUUGCAGUCGGAAAGUAUCAACGGCACAUCAGCUUAUGAUGCUUAUGCAACCAGUGAAAGUAAUCAUGAAAUUGAAGCAUGCGCAUCGUCCAUACGUUCAAGUGCCAGUCCUCGAAGUCAGGAGGAACAUAUCUUCAUGGGUCCAUUUUCCGGUGAUAGUUAUGAUGCACUGGAGCAGGAGAAGAAGAAGCUGGAAAGAAAGAGAGCACGUAACCGCUUGGCGGCGUCAAAAUGUAGGCAGAAGAAGUUGCAAAAAAUAAAUGAUCUCGAGAAACAGGUAGAGGAAGAGAAGCUCAGAGCGAAUCGUUUGAAUGAGGAUCUUAAACUUUUGGAAACGUCCAUUGCUCAGCUGAGGCAGCUGCUUCAGGAACAUCAUAAUAAUGGUUGUUCUAUAUCUGCCAAGGUGAUCUCGACAUGA